AUGGCUGCUACUUUAGGCCAUAUGGAAGCUUUUGAUGAAAGCGUCGAACCAUGGACCACCUAUAUUGAAAGAUUUGAGCACUUUGUAGAAGCUAGCAGCAUUGAUGCCGACAAGAAAGUGCCUGUGCUACUCAGCGUGACGGGAGGAAAAACAUAUGGAUUACUCCGAAGUCUGACCGCGCCGGACAAGCCGAGAGAGAAGAGCUUUAAGCACAUCACAGACACGCUACAGCAGCACUUUUCUCCGAAGCCCCUGAUCAUCGUGGAGUGUUUUCGUUUCCACCGGCAGAAUCAGGAGGAGAGCGAGUCGGUGACACAAUCACAGUGUCGGGGUACGUACCGUAAUGCGGCCAGUGAGGUAGUCCAUAAUCCAAGAGACCAGAGGAGUGUACACCUGCAUGUUCUUCAAUAUGCUCUGCGUCCAAAAGUUGAAGCGGAGCUGAACCGUCUCACUGAAAUGGGAGUAUUGUUACCGGUACAGUACAGCGAAUGGGCUACCCCAAUAGUCCCUGUUGUAAAGAAAAACGGAGCAAUGCACAUCUGUGGUGACUUUAAGGUGAUGAUAAACCCCGUCCUUUACAGUGAACACUAUCCGUUACCACGUAUUGAGGACCUGUUCGCUUCAUUAGCAGGAGGACAAUGUUUCAGCAAACUGGACUUGUCACAUGCUUACCUCCAAAUGAGGGUUGAGAAGGAGUCCACGAAGUUCUUCACAAUUUCAACACAGAAAGGGCUAUUCCAGUAUAAUCGCCUUCCGUUCGGGAUCGCUUCGGCUCCAGCCAUAUUCCAGAGAGCUAUGGACCAAGUAUUACUAGGUCUUCCCAAUGUCCAUUGCUACCUGGAUGACAUUCUUGUUACUGGGCGGACUGAAGCUGAACACUUGGAAAACCUGGAUGCAGUCCUUGGACGCCUGGAGGAGUUUGGCUUGCAUGUUGAAAAAGGGAAAUGUGACUUCUUCAAGGACUCACUGGAAUACUUGGAUCACAUAAUUGUUGCUGAAGGUUUGCACAAGUCACCUGAAAAAGUAAGUGCAAUUGUCAAUGCUCCAACCCCAUCAAACAUCACACAGCUGAGAUCAUUCCUUGGCCUGUUAAACUAUUACGGGAGAUUCAUACCCAAUUUGGCAACUAUAGCGAAUCCUUUGAAUGCCCUGCUCUGUAAAGGGAAACGCUGGCAGUGUUCUGCAGAGUGUGAAGCUGCAUUCAAAAAGGCAAAGGAACAAUUAGUGUCACAAAACGUCUUGACACACUACGACCCACAGAACGCAAUUCGGCUUGCGUGUGACACAUCACCUUAUGGCAUUGGUGCCGUCAUUUCCCACAUGUUACCCAGCGGUGAAAAAAAGCCAAUAGCUUUCGCAUCGCGCACACUUAGCAAGGCAGAACAGAAUUAUGCGCAGAUUGAGUGUGAGGCUCUGGCAAUUGUGUUCGGGGUCAGGAAAUUCCAUCAGUAUCUCUAUGGAUGGAAAUUCACGCUUUUCACAGAUCACCGCCCCCUUACUAUGAUCUUUGGACCACAAAAUGGAAUUCCAUCUAUGGUGGCGGCACGUAUGCAGAGACAGGUGGAGAAGCUCCCUGCCAGUGCCACUGAUAUUCGAUGUGAGACUAUGAGCGACUCUACCUUGUCUACAGUUGUCGAAAUGGUUCUGAAAGGGACUCAAGCUGUCAGCCUGACUGAUAAUAAUGAACUCUCACCUUUCAUCACCAAGCGCAAUGAACUGUCUGUCCAACACGGGUGCUUAAUGCGGGGUAUGAGAGUUGUUGUUCUCCACAAGCUGCGGAAAAGAGUGCUGGAGGAUCUGCACACUGGCCACCCAGGAAUUGUCCAAAUGAAAGCCAUUGCUCGCAGUUGUGUGUGGUGGUCAGGUCUUGCUGACAACUGCAAGUGA